AUGAAUCAAUUUGGUGUUCGUCUUCUGGAUCUACCCGACGAGAUACUACUUAUUAUUUUGAAAAAACUGAGCAAUAUUGAUGUUCUUUAUUCGUUAUUGAAUAUUAAUAAUGAACGACUUGACAUUCUAGCACAAGAAAAAAUCUUCAGUAGCAUACUUAAUUUCGUAUCGCUCGAUCCUAUUUCUUCAAUUGACCGUUUCAAACUUGAUCACUUUUGCAUCGAUAUAUUGCCAAGAAUUCAUGAGAAUGUCAAAUAUUUUAUUCUUAAACCAGAUUUGAUGGAAUCUAUUCUUCUUGCUAGCGACUAUCCAAAUCUAACCAAAAUAAAACUUUUUAAUUUCAAAAAAGAAUUCAUUUUACAUUAUUUUGCAAAUGAAUCACCUCUUCGACAUAUCUUUCAACAACAAAUUACAGAUCUUAUUCUUGAUAAUUUACCUAAUAUGAAAUAUUUCUCAUUAAAAUGUGAUAUUCAAUUUAGUUUACAUGAUACUAAUUUUCUACCUCUUUUUCGUCGUAUGUCAAAUUUGGAAAAAUUAACUUUAUAUCUUCGUAUAGAAAAUCGAGAUAGAUUCGUUGAUGGUACUUUUCUUCAAAAUGAAAUUCUUGUUUAUAUGCCACAACUUCAUUCAUUCACUUUCUAUAUUUGUACUUUUAUCAAUACUAUUGGUUUACUACAUUAUUUAUCUAGCGAAGAUGUCCAACGAACAUUUACCAAUAUCGGACAACAACAUGUAGCUAGUAUCAUUAAUUAUAUUAGUUCCGAGGAAAUGACAUGUUCUGUCUUUUCAAUUCCUUUCACAUUUGAUUGUCUCAAAGAUAUUGGUCAUACGAUUCCAAAUAUUAUAUUUAAUUAUGUUACAUAUUUGAUGGUACAAGAUAUGAUUUCAUUCAAUCGUCAAUUCUUCAUUCAAGUUGCUCGAGCUUUUCCGUUACUCAAAACUUUUCGUAUUUUAAACAUGGAAUCACAGUCAUGUCAACUUACCAAUAGUCAAUUAGAUGAAAUUGCUGAAUAUCCUCAUCUUACCUACCUUGACAUACUAUAUGGAAAUAUUAAUUACCUUGAACAAUUUUUAAAUGAAACAAAGACAUAUGUACCAUGUUUAAUAAAAUUAAAAGUCGUUUAUAAUAAUUUAAGAAUCGUUACAAAUAACUUUACACGAGACGAAACACGACGCAAUUGUGCUAAAAUAAAACAAUUACGGAUCUUUGCAUCGUUGGCACAUACUAAAGAGUUUUAUCUUCAUUUUCCAUUGUUAUAA